AUGUAAGCGUUAAGCAGAUGAGUUACAGACGUGAUUCAGAGAGCCAGUACGAGCUGAUAUCAGACGAUAGAUCAGUCCUCAGAGCUCGCAGCGUUCUCUCCUUCUCUUGUUCCAUCCUCAGUUUCAUCAGCACAUGUAGCUUCCUGUUGUGUUGGUCCCCUGGCUGCACACGGACACUCACUGUACGUCUCUGUCCCUCUCAGUACGCUCUCUACAAGAAGAUGACCCAGGCUGCCAUCUUGAUCCAGUCCAAGUUCAGGUCGUACUACGAGCAGAAGCGCUUCCAGCAGAGCCGGCGGGCGGCGGUCCUCAUCCAGCAGUACUACCGCAGCUACAAGGAAUAUGAGCGGCUCAAACAGGCUCCGAGAGGCGCCGCCAGCCACAACCCCAAAAUCAAGGGGUCGUUCUUGACGAAGAAACAGGACCAGGCAGCUAGGAAGAUCAUGAGGUUCCUGCGACGCUGCAGACACAGGAUUAAAGAGCUGAAGCAGACGAGGGAGCUGGAGAGGAGAGGACUGACCACUUAAAGCUUUUCUUAAUCUCAUCCCUUCUUUCAUCUCCCUGGGGACACAGAGGACAUGAGGAGAGACAGAGGACACGAGGAGAGACAGAGGACACGAGGAGAGACAGAGGACACGAGGAGAGACAGAGGACAAGAGGAGAGACAGAGGACAAGAGGAGAGACAGAGGAGAGCUUUACUCUGAUGUACAAAGGGACAGAAACAAAACAAGGAAGUGAAGUGACUGAUAGAUGGACGGACGGAUGGAGAGAUGCCUUACCCCACGCCAACUCUUCUUAUUCAUCUUCUUCCUUCUUUUAAUCUAUCUGUCUGUCUGUCUGUCUGUGUGUCUUCUCUCCUGGCUGAAUGUAGCUGUCUGUCUGCAGCUUUAAGAGCUCCAUCCAAAAACGUCACGCCGUCCUGCUCAGCCUGACAGGCACAAGGUGGGGUUCUUUGCCCUGAGCAGAGCCUCACAGGCAGCAGAACAAGAAGAAGAGGGAGGGCGGGUCCUGAGGCCUUUCUCAGUACACUCAUGUUCUCACGUUCAACCUUGACUUUACUGCGACACGUCCCCUCACAGAGUUUUUGGGGGGUGAAGUAAAAAGCUUUAUUGUGCGUUCACUGCGCUGAUGGUGACGUGCAGUCAACAAUCAAACUAAAUUAAUCUUCACCACGCUGCCUCUGUUCAAUUCAUAUUUAUAUAUCUGUAGAUUUAUAUUAAAAUGUGGUGACACCUGUUCAUUGUAUAAAAAAACCUUCGUCGUUACAUCGUCAUCAAGGGGGAGUCAACAGUGACGAGGUCUGCAGCGGGUGUUUUGAUAAAGUAAACAUUACCCUGACAACUUCACUACCUUGGCGAGACGAGGGGAGACUGCUGUAGACGGCGAACGCUGGCAGGCGUUUGGGGUCACUUUUGCAUUUUAUUGUGAGAUGUUUUUUUAAAAUGAAGGGAAAAUAUCUGCGUAGGUGUGGGCGGGGACUAAGGGCUCAUUUAUGCUCAACUUAAGGCCCUGACACACCAAGCCGACAGUCGGCCGUCGACCAAAGUCGGGCCAUCGGUGAGAGUUUGUUGCCCUAGUUUUUGCAGUGUGUCCCGCUGCC